AUGCCACGCCCGCCGACGUCGUCACCUCCGCCAGCCGGCUUCUCCUUCGCCGCUGGCCACUUCGACUACCCGCACGCCUCAGGCUCUCCUCCCAGAUCGGCGAGGAGUAGCUCGAGAAAUGUGCUGCGCCUAGCCGACGAACCGCCAGAGCGCUCUUCCAGCCACUUGGACCGGCUGAUCGAGGCCAGGCGCCGUGCGAACAGGCGCCGGCUGCAUCGCUUGCUUGGGCCACCACGAGACAGCGACGACACUGCGUACGAGUCGCUGGGGCGGCCGUCAAUAGCCAGCUCAAACCGCCCACGAGCCACGCCCAGCGAACGCUACCUCCAGCGCGCCCAAGCACGAAUCGACGAGGAGCGAGCGGCCGCUAUGAACGCCCCUACCGAGCCGUUCGAUGCCCUGAGUGAGCGCCCACCUAUCAUCGCCGACUUCGAGGAGUGGAUCAAUAUGGCCACCCGUCAGCCAAGCCAUGGCGGACCAGACACAGCACAGAGGCGGACAAAGCGGAGAAAGCUUGAGCAUGAGCCGAGUAAGAACGCCGAGUACCAAAGCUUCAAGUACGGCUACAAGGGCCAGACGGUCCCUGGACGUCUGCGCAUGGAAGUCGUCAGCUGCGAUGGAGGCCAGAUCAAGCGUGACAACCCUAUGAAGAUCUACGACGUCGAGAAUGUCUUGAAGAGCGACAAGAGCGUGUACUGCAGUGAAAGCUCCAAGUGCAACCUUCUACUCGGGCACUUGGGAGAUGCACCCUUUGCCCUGCAGAAGGUUGUCAUUCGAGCACCGGACCGUGGUUUCACGUCUCCCGUCCAGGAAGGACUCAUCUUCGUGGCCAUGUCGGCAGAGGAGCUCCUGUCUGGCACGUCCACUUACCGAUUGCAGCAUCGGGUCCACUCGCCGUCAGCUUCUCCCUCGCCUGAGCGCCGUAGAUACGUGCAGAACGCGGAACGAAUAUCGUUAAGGGAAGCAAUUGACGAUCCAGAUGCGUGGCAACACCAUCGCCGUCGGUUAGAAGAUGAUGUCGAAGCACGCAUCGAACGUCUCCGGCUGCGUACGCGACGCUUGAACCAAGAACCACGCGCACAUGCACAUACGGACCCACAGAGGAGCUCGGAGCCUCCAAUCGAGAGUGAUGAGGAGAUUGACUUUGACUGCGACUAUACAGCAUCAGCUGGCAUAUCAGCUCCUACACCGCCUCCCUUCACCGUCACCACCACAAGCGAAGAGGAAGAAGAGUCGUCCAACGACGAUUAUCCUAACGUCGAGACCAUGGCCGACCGAAUCCAACGCGAAGGCCGCUGGCGGCCUGGCAGUGAUGACGAAGAAGAAGACGUAGCACCUCGCCGAGGCACAGGGGCACGCUUCCGCCAACUUCUCGAGACUGCUCAGUUUGCUGAUGAGUACGAGAUGAGAUCGCGCCGAAUCAAUCUGGGCCCACGCUAUCGCAACCUCCUGGAUAACACAGAACCGAUUCGAGCCAGUAGACUUGCUAGACCGAGUCACAUCGACGCCGGUGCUGAUGAGCCUGGCAGAGGAAACCUACUCGCGCCUCACGCAAGAUUCUUCAUAAAGAAGAACAGGAACAAGAUCACCCUUCGGUUUGAACCUGCGAUCUCUGGCAGGAAUGUAUUACUCAAGCUCUGGAGUCCAAAAGACUCGGAAGACGGGAAUAUCGACAUUGAGAGCGUGCAGUUCUACGGAUACUCAGGUCCGCGCUUCUUCCAGGCCACACAGGCGUGUUGA